UAGUAAGCUUGUCGAUAUUGGCGUGCGUCGUCGUCUCGUCGGUUGGUCGGUCUUUCGGCGACAAGGCAAUUAUAGUGGAGUAAGAAGCUAGUUGCUCGUGGGAAAUUGUGCCCCAUGAACAUUAUGUGUCUGUAUUCUAAGUGUUUUCUAUCGCAUUGACAUUCGAGCUAUAAUUUGAUCAAGUAUUCGAAACGGAUAAACACUUUCGAUAAAACUGUUUAUGAUCGAAAAUCCGAACUUUCGGUAUAAUUUUCGGAACUUGUAACUUGAAAUAGACACAAUUUAUGUAUUUUUAAAUUCGAAGAUAAACGUUUAUAAGUCUUCUGAUAAGUUCGGGUGUCCGUCGCUCGCGUCAUUGUCGUUGUAGUCGUCGUGCGUUAGGCGAUACCGUAAUCAAAUAAUCUAUUAUUUUAUUUGAUAACAAUGUUACUUAGCGGUAUAGGGGAGAAAAACGCACUCGAUAGACAGUUAUAUUCCAGUGUCAUUUAUUCGAUAAUCGAAAGAAUUAAGUAGGUAAAUAUUUGUCAAUACCCGAUCACGGUGAUAAUAGAGUUGUAGAAAUAGCCCUACAAGUGGUUAACAGCUCGGUAGUAAGUUAGUUCUAUAGGAGCAUUCAAUUCAGAAGCACCGGUAAAUAUUGGCAAUAUCAACAACGUAUUUAACGGUCUUUCAAUAUCAAUUCGAAUUUUAUAUACUGUUGUUUUUAUUGUUUGUGUUGUUCUCUAAACGAUAAAAGUAGCAAUAAGUUGCUAAAGGAUUUACACUUAUGAUCGCGUAUUAUUGUGUUUGUUUAUGUGUUCGAAAGUGCAGACCUGGAUAUACGUACCUUACCUAUAGAGAGUUUUCUCAGGCUUUGAUUAAUAUAAACAGUGUUAUCUUUGUUAAACGGAAAUAUUAAUUGCUUAACUCGCCUGCGUUUGCCUAUCUUCUCUCCUAUAAACGAUAAAGAGUUUAUUGAUAAAAAGAAGUAUUAAUAAAUAAAAACGAACAUUUUAUUGCGUGUACCUCUAUCUAGCUCUUAUUAUAGCAUCAGCCGAAUCAACAUUUCCAUUUCAAAAAAAAGCGAUGAGGCAGUUUUAAAUAAACACAUCUUUGGGAGCAUUUGAAAUUAUAUAUUGGAAAAAUGUUCCAAGUAAAAUAAACCAAAUCACCACCAUCCGCCAAACCACCUAUGGUAUUUAGGUAUACCUUACAUAUUCAUAGCCCCCAGAUAACACCGCAGAGUCAACGUAAAUACGUCCAACACAAACGGAAAGCUUUCCUAAGGCAUUCAAAUAUUAUGGAAAGUCUAGUGCUAUAAUAUAGCUGAGGAGGAACAGCCGAGAAAUUUUCAAAAACAAUUUCAUUGAGGAUAAGUUUUAUCGACAAACAGUCGGUGGCGGGAAAAACGAAUUCGUAAACACUUCUUGCGGAAAUAGAAAACACACUUUACACUUUGGAAAAUUUUGGAUAAAUUCAUUUAAAAUUGAAUUAUUUUUGAGAAGAACACUUGAAAUGCGGCGUGGAGAGGAGAUGCUUGUUGGUGCGAUUUUAUACCAGAUUGAUGUUAUAAAUGUGAAACUAUAAUGAUAAUUGACCGAUCAUUGUUGCUACAGUUUAUAAUCUGGAUUAAUGCUGUGUGGAUUGGUGAAACGUCAUAUAUUGACUAUAGUGAAAACACACAAUUAAUUCACCAAAGGGCCGGAAACGAUAUUACACUUAAAUGCGGAAUCACCGGGCUUCUUAGUGAAGAACCAAUUGAUGGAAUGCAAUUUAAUUGGUAUUUCAAGCCUUGUGGAGAUGAUUCAUAUCAAAAAUCUUGCCAUACCGCGCGAUCAGAGACCUGGUCACAUCUGCCAUGCGAUAAAAACUAUUGCCAAUCACUACUUCACUUGAAAAAUCUUACCGACAAGAAUUCCGGCCUCUAUAAGUGCACAAUCUAUCCGUACAAGCUGGACGAUGUUACAACCCUAGAUAUUCAAUUAGUUCGAACAUAUCAAUUAGAUGUAAAGAAUUCAACGGUGAUUGUGCCCGAGUUUCUUGAUGCAUUUCCUGAAAACAAGACUGCAGCUAUUGGCUCACAAGUGGUUUUCCAGUGUCGCGUUCAGAGUCAGGUGCAUCCGACUAUAAAAUGGUUCAAACGAAUUUCGGACAUGGAUGGGCAACUAGGCAUGGAAUACAAUUUGGGCCAUCAGGAGAACUUCAACUCCCACAUUGUCCAGUACAAUGGAAGGACAUACGAGCUAUUGCAGACGGCGCGUGAGAAAAGCGUUGACGAUGAGAUUUAUUUGAGCAAACUGAUUCUGAAUGGAGUUCGAUCACAGGACGAAGGAUUCUAUGCUUGUGUGGCCAUCAGCUACAGGGGACAUAGGAUACGAGAAGCCCUUUUGAGAGUAGAGGACGACAUGGAUUACCAAGGUGAUGAGAGCAACUAUUGGGAUGAUUAUGAUACCACCGACGAAGUGCCACAGACCGGGGGCGAUGGGUUCUGGAUGUUGUUCUUAAUGCCCUUGGGCCUAGCGGUUAUACCGAUUGCUAUUUGGCUGUGUUAUGUAGUGAGUAAGAAAAUGCCAGAGAACCGAUUGGGUUUUGAAGAUGAGCAACAAACAUUGCAGUAGAUAGUAGACAGGGAAGGAUUUGAUUUGUAUUUAUAAAACUUGUUGUUCCUACGCUUAUUAGAAAAUAUUAUUGUAUGUUAUAUUAUAAGUAUUUUUUUAAUUUAUAAAUAAAAUCUUAAUGGAACUUAUGAAAAUUUUACUCAUUAAAUAAAAUAUUAUUGAAUUAACGAAAAAACCAACA